AUGAAGGGGAAAACCAUUUGCUUCUGCAUUCCUGCAGGCCGCAAACACAAAGAUAAUGAAGAGAAGCAUGAUGAGUCCUCUCAUUCCAACUCUCGCCGAAGCCGCAAGAGUAGAGGACAUGUUGUUGCAACAGGUACUGGUGAUCACGGUGAAGGCAAUGAUGGAGACACCGCAGCUGCCUCUGCAGCGCCAACAAUGGCCGCGGCAGCUGUAAUGAUGAGUGCAGCCCACAUGUCAACUAUGGAUGGCGAUGGCGGUGGUGGCAGUGCUCAUGGUGGCGGCGACGGUUGA